AUCAGUGAGUUAUUGACAGAGAACGCCAUUUACCGUCUAAACUCAGAGUCACAAUUUCAAUCAUGGACCUCCGUACCAGUGCCCAGGACGUGAUGCGAUGUAACCUGUGUGAGACCGCUGUGGCACAGAUGCACUGUGAUACAUGUCUUGUCAACCUGUGUACAGCUUGUGUAGGAACACACUUCUCUGCUGAUCUCUCAAAACCUCACACCAUUGUUGAUUUCAAGGACAGAAGAUCCACUCCUUUAUACCCUGGAUGUAAAUUUCAUAACAAACAACAAUGUACAAUGUACUGUAAUCAAUGUGACAUACCUGUUUGUCCUAAGUGCAUUGCAUCUGAUCAACAUCUAGGUCAUAAGGUAUCAGAAAUCUUGCAAGUUGUCGAUGAGAAAAAAGAAAAUAUUACCAAAGAACAAACUGAACUAAAUGAAAUAAUUUAUCCCACCUACCAGGACAUUGCUUCUGAUGUACAAAACAGAAUGAGUCAGUUAGAAAAGGAAUAUGGCGAUCUCUCAACAGCCAUAACAAAACAUGGAGAGGACUGGCACAGAGAAAUUGACAAUCUUGUCAAGAAACUGAAAGCUGAAGUUGAUGUCAUGAAAAACACACAGUUUCAAACUCUACAGAAACAUCUGGAUGAAAUAAACAAGACAAUGUCUGACAUCAAGGAUGAAAUUGAUUCCAUUUAUCUAGCUAGGGAUUCUAAUAACAUUUCAGAACUGUUUUGUAUUACAACCAAAGUAGAUAGAUUUAGAAAUCUUCCACAAAGAAUACUGCCAUCUUUGCCCAAAUUCACUCCCAGCAGAAUUAUUGGAGGAGAACUUCGUAAAAUGUUUGGAACUUUAUCAUCAAGUUCUCAUUCUUUAGAUAAACAUGAAGCUGGAUUCUCUACUCCACUCAAACAGCUGCUUGAUGAACCAAAAACUGUCACCAGCAUAGACACUAGGUAUACAAGUCUUUACAAUGUGGUCUGUCUGAAUGAUGAAAAAAUCUGGACAAGUGGAAUUGACAGAACCGUAAAUCUCUACAGCAUCAAUCAGGGAACAAAACUCAAGUCAAUCAGAACCAAGUCCGGGAAUCUACUAUCUGACAUAGCUGUGACAAAAAGUGGAGAUCUAGUUUAUAUUGACAGUAAUGAUGGAACUGUGAACAUUGUGAAGAAUGAGAAGAUAGAGGAGGUGAUCAGACUACUGAAUUGGAAACCUCACGGUGUCUGUAGUACCUCCUCUGGUGACCUCCUGGUUAUCAUGUACAGUGAUGAUUUUAAAGAAACAAAAGUUGUCUGCUUCUCCGGCUCCACAGAGAAACAAACCAUUCAGUUUGAUGAUAAAGGUAAACCACUUUAUUCAUUACCAAUUGAUCUAUUUAUAGGUGAUAAAUUUUGGUACGUAACUGAGAACAGGAACCUGGAUAUCUGUGUGUCUGACUGGGGCGUUAAAGCAGUAGUGGUGGUCAAUCAGGCCGGGAAACUGAGAUUCAAGUACACAGGACUUACUCCUGCUACAAAGAACAAACCAUUCGAUCCAAGAGGAAUCACCACAGACAGUCAGAGUCACAUCCUUAUAGCUGAUCGUAAUAAUGACUGUGUUCACAUCAUAGAGCGGGAUGGACAGUUCCUCCGUUACUUAGACUGUGGACUGAGUCUACCCUGGGGACUGUGUACAGAUGUAAAUGACAAUCUGUUUGUAGCUGAAAUUCAAAUCCGCCAAGUGAAGAAAAUCAAAUAUCUGAAAUAA